AUGAGCAGGACCUCAGGGAGGCCCCAUCUGGCCCCUCCCCAGAACGUGACGCUCUUCUCCCGAAACUUCAGCAUGUACCUGACGUGGCUCCCAGGACCCGGCAACCCUGAGGAUGUGACCUACUUUGUGGCUUAUAAGAGCUCUCCAGUAUCCGAACGGUGGCGAAAAGUGAAGAACUGCACAGGGACCAAAGAAUUGGAAUGUUCUCUGAUGUGCCUGGAGAAACUGGACCUGUUCAACAAGGUCAAGGCACGUGUGCGGGCGGCUUCUCCCAUCGGCAGGUCCUUCUGGGUAGAAUCAAAGUACCUGGAAUACCUUUUUGAUGUGGAGCCGGCCCCACCUGUCCUGGUAGUCACUCGGACAAAGGAGUUCCUGAGCGUCAAUGCCACAUACCAGCUGCCCCACUGCAUGCCGCCAUCCAACCUGAAAUAUGAGGUGGCUUUCAGGAAGGAGAAGACUAAAAACAAGACCCUCUUCCCGAUCACUCCCUCUGGCCAGCUGGUCCAGAUCCCCCUCCAGCCCACCACUGAUGAAAGCUACUGCCUCAGUGCCAGGACCAUCUACACCUUUGCUGCCCCCAAAUACAGCCAGUUCUCCAACCCCAUCUGCUUCUCACCGGAGGCCACAGGAGCCAGCUGGGCUUUCCUGGCGCUGCUGCUGCUGCCUGUGCCCUUGGCCAUUGCUACACGGUGUGUGAUCCAGAGGAGCAUCAAGAGGAACCCCUGGUUCCAGCAGACCAAGAAGCCACAGACCCUGGAAAUGACCAGAAGGGGCAGGCUAACCCCUAGGGUACAAGCCCCAGCCGGACCGGACGGCAGUGCUGAGGACGAGGACGAAGAUGAGGACAGCAGCAGCUUCCAGCCCUAUCUUGAACCACCCCCCUUCCUGGGCCAGGAGCUCCAGACCCCAGGGGGGCCUGGGAAGCCUCUGAUCCAAGUCAAAGAGUCCCCUGCUUGCGGCUGUUCAGACGGAAGCUGGGCCAGCACUGUGGGCUCCUCCUCCUGGAAUGAAGCCAGGUCCUCUGGCUAUUUGGGCAAGAAGGGUCCUGGAGGCCCAGGCCUGGGCGGGGACAAAUUCUCUGAGGACUCAGCUUCUCAGGAAGAGCUCUUGAACGGUGACCUCCCGUCCUGGGCCCCUCAGGGCUCCUUGCCACUAAGGCUGAGUCUGAGGCCUGGGGAGCCCCCAAUUUCUCUUCAGACACUGACCUUCCUAGACAGCAGCCCCGAGGAGGAAGAGGAGGAGCUAGAGGAGGAGGAAGAAGAGGACGGGAGAGAGUCAGAUGCUGAGGAAAAGGGGGCUGGCAGCCAGGGAGCUGAGAGCCUCUGGGGGACUGAGGUCAGGGGUAGGACCCUGGGGCAUUACAUGGCCAGGUGA